CCCUCUCUCUCUUUCUCUCUCUCUCUAAAAACACCCACUUUCACUUUCUCUCUCUAAAACACACACAUACACAAUUGAUUCCACACACAAAUGGCGAGAGAAAAGAGUAACGGAUUGUACCUGAGUGUUCCUAGCUUCUUCAAAUGCCCGAUUUCAAUGGACGUGAUGAAAUCUCCGGUCAGUCUCUGCACCGGCGUCACCUACGACCGUCAAAGCAUCCAAAAAUGGCUCGAUUCCGGCCACAACACGUGUCCUGCCACCAUGCAGGUGCUACAAUCAACCGACGUCGUUCCGAACCUCACGCUCCGCCGCCUCAUUCGCGUGUGGUCCGAUUCCUACCUUUUGCGACCGGAAUCUCACGCUUCGUUCAACAACCACAUCGCCUUUGAAUCCUUGAAGAAAUUGAUUAGCUCCGAAUGUUCAGAACAGUCGGAACGCGUUUCGGUAGGUACGCUAUCGAGUAUUGUUAGUUUCGCAAAAUUAUCCGGUGAAAAUAGAGAAUCGGUUGCCAAAAUUGACGGAUUUGUUCCGUUGAUUACGAAAAUGUUUAAAAAUUGCAAUGAGAUUGAAGUAAUUGAACAGAUUGAGCUUGUUAUCAUCUGUUUAGAUCUGAUUUUGCCUGAAAAAGGAGUUAGAGAACAAUUAGUACAACAUUUAGUCAAUUCAACAUCAUCAACAUCGUCAUCGUUCACUCUCGUUCUUCAACGAGGCGGUUUAGAUGCUAAAAUUAGCGCCGCUAGGGUUUUGGAAUCACUAGCGUCGUUCGAUAACGAAUCUCGCCGGAUAAUCGCCGAUCAAAGCGUAUUAAUAAAGGAAUUAUAUAACCUAACAGCCUCCGACGCCGGUUAUCCAGCGGUAGACGCCGGACUAGCUGCGUUAAUCGCCGUUUGCACAUCUCGACAGUCGAAAAAGGAGAUCGUACGGUUAGGAAUCGUGAAAAGCGCCGGAAAAUUAUUAUCCUCGCCGGAGAAUUCAGUUACGGUGGUGGAAAAGGCGAUGAAGGUUCUGGAAAUAAUAUCCACGUGUACAGAAGGUCGAACGGCGAUAUGUGAAGAUGAAAACUGUGUACCGGCGGUUGUUAAGCGGUUGAUGAAAGUAUCACCUGCAGCGACGGAGUACGGGAUCGGAGUGAUCUGGAGCGUUUGUUACAUGUCACGAGAUCGGACGGCUCAGGAAGCAGCAAUGAGGAAUAAUGGAUUGACGAAAGUGUUGUUGGUGAUGCAGAGUAAUUGUUCCGGUUCGGUGAGGCAAAUGUGUGGUGAGUUGGUGAAGGUGUUCCGAGUUAACUCAAAGUCGUGUUUGGCGAGUUAUGAAACUCGGACGACUCAUAUUACGCCGUAUUGACUCGGUUUAUAAAAAAAAGGUUUUUUGUUUUGUUUAGAAAGUCUGACUUGUUACAAUUAGAUUCAAAGAUGUAAAUCAAAUUUGAUUAUAAAACGACAAUUGAUCCUUGUAUUGUGCAGAAGAAAUGGUCAACAACAAACAAAAUUAUGUGUU